AUGACCUGUUAUGGUGCCAACCUUGAUAACUGUUCUGGUGCCAACCUUGUGACCUGCUCUGGUGCCAACCUUGAGGCCUGUUAUGUGCCACCUUAUGACCUGCUCUGGUGCCAACCUUCUGCCCUGUUCAAGGCCAUCCUUGUGACCUGUUCUGGUGCCAUCAUUGUGCCAUGUUCUGGUGCCAUCCUUGUGACCUGUUCUGGUGCCAACCUUGUGACCUGUUCUGGUGCCAACCUUGUGACCAGUUCUGGUGCCAACCUAGUGCCCUGUCCUAAUGCCAACCUUGUGACUUGUUCUGGUGCCAAACUCUUGAACUUAUCUGGUGCCAACCUUAUGCCCUGUUCUGAUAUCAAACUUUUGACCUGUUCUCUUCCCAUCCUUGUGACCUGUUCUAGUGCCAACCUUGUGACCUGUUCUAUUCCCAAGCUUGUGACCUGUUCUGGUGCCAACCUUAUGACCUGCUCUGGUGCCAUCCUUGUGACCUGUUCUAUUCCCAACCUUGUGACCUGUUCUGGUGCCAUCCUUAUGACCUGCUCUGGUGCCAUCCUUGUGACCUGUUCUAUUUCCAACCUUGUGACCUGUUCUGGUGCCAACCUUGUGACCUGUUCAGGUGCCAACCUAGUGCCCUGUUCUCGUGCCAACCUUGUGACCUGUUCUGGUGCCAUCCUUUUGACCUGUUCUCUUCCCAACCUUGUGACCUGUUCUGGUGCCAAACUUUUGACCUUAUCUGGUGCCAACCUUAUGCCCUGUUCUGAUAUCAACCUUAUGACCUGUUCUAUUCCCAACCUUGUGACAGGUUCUUAUGCCAACCUUGUGACCUGUUCUGGAACCAACCUUGUGACCUGUUCUGGUGCCAACCUUGUGAACUGUUCUGGAACCAACCUUGUGACCUGUUCUGGUGUCAACCUUGUGACCUGUUCUGGUGCCAUCCUUGUGACCUGUUCUGGUGCCAUCCUUGUGACCUGUUCUGGUGCCAUCCUUGUUAUCUGUUCUGGUGCCACCUUAUGA